GAAAAAGAAAGUGACCAACAAGGCACACGUUGAAGCUUCAAUUUGUCAAGCAUAUCUUCAACAAGAAAUCUCAACGUUCUCAUCUUUUUAUUUUGAGCGUGAAGUCAUCACUAGAAGAAAGAGACAUGCCCGAAACGAUGACAUUGGCGAGGAUUUUUAUGAAAAUGUAGUUUCCAUUUUCAAUUACCCAGGUAGAGGUAAAGGAGCUUGGACAAACCGAUACAUCGUGGGAAAAGAAUUACAAAUUGCGCAUACUUAUAUGCUCAUUAAUUGUCCAGAAAUCUUAUCGUUUUAUCAUGAAUUUAGAACGGAGUACUCAGCAUUCCCUGACAAUGAAAUUGAUGCAUUGGUGGACUCUCAUUUUAUACCGUGGUACAAGCAUCAGAUCAAUAACCGUGGGAUUGUGGACCCUUUGUUAGUAUCAUUAUCGUGGGGCCCUGGUGCCUACGCCAAAGUUUGGCGGUCAUAUGUGAUAAACGGUUACACCUAUCACACAGUCGCUUACGGACAGGGCUGACCAACAGUGAACAGCGGGUUAUGUGUCCCAACAAUCGGUUAUGAUAACUCGGAAACCAAUUUUUUUGGUGUCUUGCACGAGAUUCUCAAACUGGAAAUGCC